AUGGGCGGUCCUUUCCUGGCGGUCCUUUUGCUGGCCACGGCCCUCGUUGGCGUGGCCAGUGCGGCAACAAUUAUGCGGCCAGCUGAGAGUGUCCAAUCGGCGGAAGAACCAGACGUGCCUCCGAUGGAUCUCACCGCGGAUAUUAUCGUGCGCGAUGGGUACAUGCUCGAGCAGCACGAGGUGACAACGGCCGAUGGCUACAUCCUGACGAUGUUCCGCAUCCCUGGCGGACCAGGCAAUCCGGCGCGCGAAGGCAAGGAUGUCGCAUUCCUGAUGCACGGUCUUCUUAGCUCAUCAGCGGACUACGUCGUCUCUGGACCUGGACGAGCACUCGGAUACAUGCUCGUGGAUGCUGGUUACGACGUGUGGCUUGGCAACGCACGUGGCAACACCAACUCCCGGCGUCACAUCUUCCACGAUCCGGACGCGCGCAACACGGACUUUUGGGACUUCAGUUGGCACGAGAUCGGCUACUUUGACCUACCGGCUAUGAUCGAUUACACCCUGGCGGCAACUGGCCAUACAUCGCUACAUUACGCUGGUCACUCCCAAGGCACGACGUCCUUCUUCGUGAUGGCCUCAACCCGACCCGAUUACAACAACAAAAUACGCUCCAUGCACGCCCUGGCCCCGGUGGCGUUCAUGAGCAACCUGCGGUCUCCGUUUGUUCGCGCAUUCGCUCCGUUUGUGGAUCAACUCGAGUGGAUCAUGGGCAUGUUGGGUGUGAACGAGUUCCUGCCGAGCAACGAAAUGAUGGUACUGGGAGGUCAGCGUCUGUGUGAGGAUGAAUCGCCCUUCCAGGAGGUAUGUGCCAACGUGCUGUUCCUGAUCGGUGGCUUCAACUCACCGCAGCUCAACCGUACCAUGAUUCCGGCGCUGCUCGAAAACGCCCCAGCUGGUGCCUCAGUCAACCAGCUCGUUCACUACGCUCAAGGAUACAACUCGGGCCGUUUCCGGCAGUAUGAUUUUGGGCUGACACUCAAUCUCAUCCGGUACGGUUCGAUCCGACCACCAGAUUAUCCGUUGCACCGUGUGACAGCACCGGUGGCGUUGCACUUUAGUGACAACGAUUGGCUGGCUGCUGUAUCCGACGUCCGGGAGCUGCAUGCAAGCAUCAGUAACUCGAUCGGGCUGUUCCGUGUGUCGGAUCCUCGCUGGAAUCACCUGGAUUUCGUGUGGGGAAUCGACGCCAACACGUUCCUGUACGAGCGCGUGAUAAGCUUUAUGGAUCGGUUCAAUUGA